CUUGCCUACUUGUCUGCCUGCCUGCCUCAUUACUUUUGCUUCAUCAGCCUCCGGAAUCUCCCCCCCGAAUUUGAUACGUGGUCGCCAACCACCACUCUCCCUGCUACCUCUUCCUCCUCCCUGAUCCACCGAGAACAACAAUCUGUCCAAAAGUGUUCGAGCGCAUCCGGAAACAUCGCACGAAUGGGUAGUCGACAACCCACAUCGGAAUCUGCAGCACGGUGGAAUUAGGGAAAGAGACUUAGAAGAUAGAUCCACCAGAAAGCGUUGACUCCCGAACAAAAGAAAUAAAACGAAAAGGGACAGCCCUUUCUUUUCCGAAAUAGUGUGGGGCGCAAAUUGAGCACUCAGAUGAAGAAUGAGCGCAGUCUCCAGUCCCAGUCCUGUUGACCAGUCUGUCGACGACGACGCUGCAGAUCUGUCACACCAUUCGCACACCUCGAAGCCCUCUGCCAACGCCACUGUUUCGCCAAGCGCAACCACGGAUAUAACGCUGAACGGGAAUGUCAAUGUCAAUGCUGUUCACAGCGAAAGGGGGGAAGUUACUCUAGAUAAGACGACCGCCCUCAGUAGUGAGUCAGGUAAACCCGCAGCAGCCAACCCGGAACCCCAGCAGCCGCAGGAGGAGCUUGAUGAUUUUGGAUUGCCGAUUCGGGUGCGUCCGAAGAGGGAAUCUUCUGAAAGUGAGGAGACUUUUCAUGAUGUUUCCCAGCAGGGCCAGGGACGCGAUGGCGAUGAAGGAGAUGGACUUUCACACACCGAAGUUACCGUGGCCGAGAAGCUAGGGUCCGAUGAGCAGACAACGGAAAAGUCGCGGGUCGUUAGUAAUGAUGAAAGUGAGGGAGCAACACCACCCUCUCCGAAGCCUGUGGUGCAGGAGAAGGAAGUUUCGACCAGGGCCCCAACGGAACCUCCUGUGGCCCCCGAGAACCGCGAAUUACCUAGGGACGAGGAGCCGCCCCCGCCGUAUACCAAGACUCCAUCGCAUGACGACACGAGACAUUCGACCGAUCUACGCAAGACGAAACGGAAGUCCUUGGAGGCAUCUGAAUGGUCGCACCAACACUUGAACACAACUAUAGAUUCGGAGGAAGAGAGUGAGGAAGAAGACGAUGAUGGCGGUUGGAAGGAUAUGCCUGCGCUAGGUGACAUGGACGUUUAUGAUGACUAUGGUCGGCUUGUGGCAAAAGGUUCAAAGAAUGUAGAAAGCGAUGAAGCUGUUUACAGUGGCAUGGGUGGGGCUGGCAAAGGAUACACUCGGGUGCAGCUUGAUGAGGAUGCUCAGUCUGCGACCAGUAUGGAUGAAGACACAAGCUACCUCUUCAAAGACAGCCAUGCGAACUCUGCUGGGGUAGAGGAGGAACUGCGUGACCCUACCAGCCAGAUGCAAGCCACGAAAGACCUUUUGACCGAGAGCCAGAGGAUUGCGUACGUUGGGGUUACUCGACUUACGUUGUGGCAGAUGGCUCUAGAGAUGAACCGAAUCCCCUCCAUCAAGGGAUGCCGCAAGGCGAGACAAGGCGGUAUCGACUCGAUGCGCAAAUGGGGCCAAACGAUGAUGGCCAGGCUCUACUCUCAUAUGGAGAUAGACGCAGCGGAGCAAGUCAUGAUUGAGCAGCUGGCAGAACACGGCGUGCAGCCAGCAGAUCUUGUCCGACCACUCAUGAGCAAUGCUCGCGUUAAGAACCCUCUUGCUGAGGCAACUGAUACACCGAAGAGAUCUUUGUCCUCGCCUUCGUCUCCUCCGUUGAGGGAAGAAUACCGGAGUAGUAUCUCAACAGAACUUGACCAAUCAUCCAGGUCAACAUCCCCGCCCCCUUACGAGACACAUGAGGGGGAAGAUCUUCCGGAGGUUCGUACCCCAUCACAAUUGCCUACCUCGGCCAAGAUUGAUAUCGAUCUCCGCUGGACUGUGCUUUGCGAUCUGUUUCUCGUUCUUAUCGCCGAUUCUGCCUAUGAUGCCCGUUCACGAACCCUACUUGAAAGAGUGGGCGAAUCGAUGGAGGUACCGUGGCUACAGAUUGCUCGAUUUGAAAAGCGCGUGAUUGAUGCUCUCGAGAUGCAGGAGUCUGCAGACAAAGAGAACUGGGACGAAACGGAGCACAUGGAAAAGAGACGCAAAAUGGCGCUGAAACAUAAAUAUAUGAUCAUGGGCUUGGCCACAGUGGGUGGCGGUCUGGUGAUCGGUCUCUCCGCGGGAUUGCUGGCCCCAGUCAUCGGCGCAGGCUUAGCGGCCGGGUUCACUACCGUUGGCAUUACAGGAACAAGCGCGUUCCUUGGUGGUGUUGGGGGCACAGCGUUGAUUGCUUCCGGUGCUACCCUAACGGGAAGUACAAUUGGGUUGAGAGCGUCUCAAAGGCGAAUGGGAGCUGUCCAGACAUUCGAGUAUCGCCCGUUGCACAACAACAAGAGAGUAAAUCUUAUUAUUACUGUCUCUGGUUGGAUGACUGGCAAAGUAGAUGACGUGCGGCUGCCCUUCAGUACCGUUGAUCCCAUAAUGGGUGAUCUCUACUCGGUUUUGUGGGAGCCUGAAAUGCUGCGGAGUAUGGGAGAUACCAUUAAUAUCCUAGCCACCGAGGCUCUGACGCAAGGUCUUCAGCAAGUUCUGGGACAGACCGUUCUAGUAGCUUUGAUGGCAUCUCUGCAACUACCUCUUGUACUAACCAAACUGUCGUAUCUUAUCGAUAACCCUUGGAAUGUCUCGCUUACUCGCGCCAACGCGGCAGGUCUAAUCCUAGCAGACUCACUUAUGGUGCAUAACCUGGGGAAGCGGCCUGUCACGCUUGUGGGAUACUCUCUUGGCGCCAGGGUAAUCUUCUCUUGCCUGAAGGAACUUGCAGAUAAGGGCGCCUAUGGACUGGUCCAGAAUGUUUACCUCUUCGGGUCACCGAUGGUGGCAAACCGGGAUGAAUAUCUGAAGGCGCGGAGUGUUGUCUCUGGUCGGUUCGUCAACGGUUACGCUUCGAAUGAUUGGAUUUUGGGCUAUCUGUUCCGAGCGACGAGCGGCGGUAUCAUGAAGGUAGCAGGCCUUGCUCCUAUAGAAGGCAUUCCAGGAUUGGAGAACUUCGACCUCACGAAGCUUGUCAAUGGUCACAUGGACUACCGUACCGCAAUCCCUCGGUUACUAAAAGAGGUUGGAUGGGAGGUGCUGAGUGAGGAGUUCGCAGAGAUCGAAGACCCUGACCCCGAAAACCACGCAGAACGGCAAAGAGAGCUCAUUCGUGAGAUUGACGAGGCGCGACGUGACGCUGAGCAAAAACCUGAGAAGAAGCGAUUUGGUCUGUUCAAGCGUGGCAAACUUGCUCAAAAGAAGAAGUGGGAGACAUACGAUGUGGAUCGCAACAAUGCGACAGCCCGAAGCUCUACUGACACCAAUAAUGGAACCGGGUCAGUCUUGUUCGACAUUGAUGCCAUUCGGGCUGAGCUGGCUUCGGAAAAUCUCGAAGUCAAACAGCUUGAGUCGACCCUUCCACCUAUGAAAUUGGACCUGAGCGCCCCUGCGAGUCCAUCCCCUGCUCCCUCGCCGCCAAAAACACAAGAGACGAAGUUUUACGAGCCAACGUCGCCUCCUCCGCAGACGCUUCCGGAGAAGCAACCAAGUUAUAGUCCUUCCCGCCAAGCUCCACCAUACUCUCCACAUCACGAGGAGGAAGUUGAGAUGACCUUCGAUACUUCCUUCCACGAACCAUUACCACGUUCUCAUUCCUCAUUCGGGGCUUCCAACUCAUAUGAUGCCCAGCCUACCAGGCCAGAGCUUCGGUCUACAGUCACGAUGCCCGCCCUGGGCGCUAGUACUAUGGGUGCUAUGGCUCUGGAGCCCAAUGCCUGGGCUGAACAUGACAUCGGAGACGGUGAUGAAAGUGAGAUCCAAAUGACUUUUGAGUGAUGACGAAGCAUGAUAAUAUGCUACAUAAUGUGAAUGAGAUUUCUGUUCGUGUACAUGCUGGCGUUGCUCAAGCGCUGACUCAGUGACUUGCUCAACUGCCUCUUCUAUGAUCUUACCUUGAGCUUACGGGUCAAUUUCCCUUGGUAUCAUACGUGCCACAUGCCACCGCUAUGGAUCACAUGGCUGAAUGAGAAAAUUAGACUCGGUACUGUGCUAAUGUCCCUGGAUUUGUUGCAAGCCAUGCGGUCCAAAUCUUUGUGUUUUAUUGUUUGCAUUUCAUUCUUCCGGGUCAGAGGCCCUCUUCGGCGUGCUUGAGGCCAUUAUCAUUUGCGUUUUGUGAACAUAGGCCCGCCAUUAUUUAUUUCUGGGUCUAUGUCGUCAACAUAUAUCUGUCUAUCUAAUUACAUAUCUUACC